AUGGCUUCGGGUAACCGUGUUCCGGAAGGGUACAGCACCUUAACCCCGAUCGUCCAGACUCCCAUCAGCGAUGUUCUGUCGAUGCCAUUGUCUCAACAGGGCAGAAUCUGUGGAAUGUUUGAAGGCCAAUUCUGGCGAUGCAUGGAGGCUUAUGGAGCCAAACUUGGCCGUAAAUACUGUGACCUGGAGCACAGGGACUACCACGAGUGCAUGACAAACGAGAAGCAACUGAAACGUGCCGAAGCCAUCCGGACACAACGGGAAAAGCUGUACAGGGAAGGAAAGCUGGACAAGGCCUACGAGACAAAUCACCCGGCACCUGGCCAGCUACAUCCCGAUCAUUUCCAAUGGGGAAGGAUCAAU